AUGAAAUUAAAACGACUUUACGACUAUUUCUUAUUAUCGGUCAUUUUCUUGGCCAUUUUAUUAGUAGAAGCAGAAGGAAACACAAGCAUUGUGGACAAGAAUGUCGUAGAGGUGGAAAUUAAAACUACAACGGUCCAUGAUGCUACGACGCAAACCACGCAGACGACGCAAACUACCGAAACGGAAACGACGCAAACAACGCAAACCACGACGCAAACAACGCAAACUACGACUCAGACCACGCAAACUACAACUACUCUGAUCACAUCGUCAUUUACGACAGUUACUACCCAAACCACUACCACUGUAAUUCCAACUACUAUUGUAACGACGAUCACUAGGCCAACAACCACUCAAGUGACGACAACUACAACCUUAACAACUCAAACUUUGACUACUGUUAAUACCAUUACAACUACUACAGUUAUCACUCAGCCAACUACAUUUACGACUGUUACUACAACUCAACCAACUACCACCACUCAAACCACUCAGACAACUCAAACUACUCAGACCACUACUCAGACCACCCAGACAACUGAAACGACAACCACAGAAACAGAAACCACUACUACUAUCACUCGACCAACCACAGUCACAACAACUACUCUGAUCACAUCAUCAUUUACGACAGUUACUACCCAAACUACUACCACUGUAAUUCCAACUACUAUUGUAACGACGAUCACUAGGCCAACAACCACUCAAGUGAAUACAACUACAAUCCUGACAACUCAAACUUUGACUACCGUUAAUACAAUUACAACUAAUACAGUUAUCACUAAACCAACCACAUUUACGACUGUUACUACAACUCAACCAACUACCACCACUCAAACUACUCAGACCACCACUCAGACCACCCAGACAACUCAAACGACAACCACGGAAACAGAAACUACUACUACUAUCACUCGACCAACCACAAUCACAACAACUACUCUGAUCACAUCAUCAUUUACAACAGUUACUACACAAACCACUACCAAUGUAAUUCCAACAACUAUUGUAACUACGAUCACUAGGCCGACAACUACUCAAGUGACGACAACUACAACCCUAACAACUCAAACUGAGACGAAU